AUGCCGGAGGCUUGUUUUUUGUGCCUAGACUCGAGUGAAUAUAUGCGUAAUGGGGAUCAGUUUCCCAAUCGCCUCAUGGCAGAGCAGGAGGCCGCAAAUCUUUUGGUCAAUGCAAAGAUUCAAAUGAACGCAGAAAAUGUGGUCGGAUUUUUGACUACUGGUGGAUCGGCAUGUACUGUAUUCGAGACACUAACUUUAGAUGUCGAUCGCGUCAUGGCGAGUCUUUCUAAAAUCACUAUCAGUGGCCCCAAGUGUCACUUUGCCAAGGGGUUACUUAUCGCCUCGCUAGCUCUUACUCACCGCACAAACCCUCGUGCAGAAAAGCGUAUUGUUGCUUUUGUUGGGUCUCCUAUGCAAGAGACCCCAAAGGAUCUAGAGGCACUCGCCAGGAAGCUACGCAAAGAGGACGUGGCCGUCGACGUUGUUGUCUUCGGCGUGGAGGAGAACGUGCCAUUGCUGGAGUCAUUUGUCGAGAAAGUCAACCGCAAUGGGAAUUCUCGACUUCUCAGUGUCUCGAAGGACGCCAAUCUAACAGAUGUUCUCAUGAGCAGUCCCAUCCUCCUUGGAGGGGAGGAUUUGAAUCCCGGGAGCAGUGGCGGUGCGAGCGUAGGGUUUGGUGUAGAUCCGAACGUGGAUCCUGAGCUUGCCAUGGCCCUGCGCCUCUCCCUGGAAGAGGAGCAGCAGCGACAGGCUGUGGCGGCCGCGGUGGCAUCCGAGAGAGCCAGGGACGAGGAGGCUACCACCGUGAGCUCGCCACCGGCGAACGCAACCCAACCCGCUACGGCAGAUGCGGAACUGGACUUUGCUAACAUGUCCGAGGAGGAGAUGCUGCAACGGGCGCUGGCCUUGUCUUUGGAAGAUGCGGGCCCAGGACAAGCACAGGAUCAGUUGGCGACAUCGAGUGGUUCUACCAAAGAGAAUGAAGAGGGAGGCACUGAACCCACAAAGGAGGUGCGCGAAGGGUCGGAGAAGGGGGAUGAAAAAAAGAACCAGAACUAG